UGAAUGUUAUUAGGAUUAUCGACCUUAAAGCUCGUCGCCGUGCGCUUUUCCUCCUGACUUCCCGUGGGCUGUAGAUGCGUAUAAGAAGAUGUCGAAUCAAGGCUUUGUCGUCGCAGAAUUCCCGGAUGGUAUUCAAGUAAUACCAAAAAUUUGGUUGCAAAAUAAAGAUGAAUGCAAAUAUCCCUCGCAUUUUAAGACGGAUAUAAAAAUCCGAAAAGCGGUAGAGAAACAGGAGAUACCAAAGUUUGAUUGGCCCGCAUUAGAAGUUAUAAGAAUUUUUGGCGAAUAUUCGUCCUUACAGAAGGCUUAUGCGAAGGCAGAGAAAGCUUUAUACACGUCAGAUAUGGACACGGAAAAGGAAGCAAAAUAUUACCGAAAACAUAGAGCGAGAAAAAUUUACUCUUCGUCGGAAAGCGAAGAAGAGUCUGGUGUAAAUUUGCCACCUGCUCCAUGUCCUCCUGCAAAACAUCAACGACUCAACGAUUCAGAUGUAUCUCGGAUACAAUGUAAAACUACAUCCAAUGUACGCUCUUCCGAAAAAUCACAAUCAUCGCAAAUUACAAACUCGAGCUCCCAUUCAUCAUUUUUACAAGCUUCGCCUAUUAAUGAAGAUAGGAAUGGAGAUGAUUUCGGUGCUUCAUGUGAAACAGAUGCUGAGGAACAUAUGCCGCGUACUAUUAUUGCUCCAAGAGAGAAAACUCGAGAUGGCUUGAUACAUGCCCAUGGUCGGUCAGACAAUGAAUAUUCGCAUAACAGCCCUAUAAUAAAAGGGAAAAAUCGAAUUAAUUCGACACAUAAUCGGUAUGACACCAUCGAUCCACCAUUGACGCCAUCGAUCGGCUCGAGACAUAAUGACAAUGAUGCGGGAAAAAUUGGCCGAGCUACUAAGAAUAAGUAUACGUACAGAGAAAUUGAAAAGGAAAAGGAAAAUUUUAAUAAUCAAUUUCACACGCAGAAGGUCCAAUUGGGCGCUGAAAACCGGUUUCCCUUGCAAACCGUAGUUCAGUUAGCGGAAGUUGAGGAGAUCUUGAAAGCGUCAAAUUCCCAACAUAACACUGAAAUACGCGGAUAUAUCAAAUCCAUCGGAGGGACAAGUGUCGAUGAUGCCGUAAAGAGAACAUUGUAUAAAGUAUUCUCCAAUAAAUUGGCGGAGAGAUAUAACUGGGAAGGCCGACGCGGAAAGGAACCACUGCAGAAACUGGAAGUGAUGAAAGUUAUUUUCAGAUCCAUACUUCACAAUAUCCCGGAUUCCGACCAGAGAAAAAUACAACGACGAGUUAUGGAGUGGUUCCGACAUUCCAAGGCGAGGCAUGAAAAUGAGGAGAAGCGGAUGAAUAGACGCGAAGUGAACAACAAAGAUAGAAUGAUACUUGUGUCGACUUGUGUCGCUAAAUGGAAAGCACCCUACGUUUACACGUCACCCUUAAACCAAUGUAGCGAGAUCGCAGAGACUGAACCGAUGAAGACCGAUGAAGCCAGUGAUAUGCGCGGACGAAGCCUCUCCCUGUUAGAAUUGUUCCAGGACCUCAAUUGUUAA